CAUGGUUUGAUGUGAGAGUGCGAGACGGCAAUACUUUUGCAAAAUCGCAAUUAGCUUCAUACAAACCUGGCUAUCGGUAUGUGCAUGUGUAUGCGUAUUGGAAAAAUAUUUGCAUUUAAACUCGAAAAGGGAAACUGUGUACAAUUUUCCGUAAAAAAUUUAAACUGCUCAUUUUCAUCGAUGGGAAAAACUGUGAUUCAUCGUGAGCCAAAGUAAACUAAUGAAAAAUUGAUUGUGUUGUAUUCGUUGAUUGCUAAAUACUGGUGAUUUUCUUGUCAUUGUUGUACUAAAAAACGAAACGAAACGAAGAAAAAAACAAAAACAUAAAAUCAGCUGUCAUUCUCUCGUUCCAAAACAUUCACAUACGUAACAAAUAUUCGUGCAAACACAACGAAAACCACGAACAAUAGCAGAAACGACGAAGAACAAAAAAAGCAACAGCAGUGGUCAAAACAACACAUUUUCAAACAAACACGAAAAAAUAUGGCGAAAUUGUGGUGAAACGAAAAUAAAUUGUGAUAUCCAAAUUGAAAAGUCCAGAAAUUCGAUGCAACGUUAAAUUUUCGUUGGGAAAACGACAUAGUGAGAGUGAGAAAAAGAACAGAAAAUUUAACCAAAUUGAUUCAAUUGAAUCGAGUGGAGUUCGAUGCAAAGUAAAAUUGACGAGACAUUUAUUGUGUUGAUUCCCCCCAUUGUGCUCAAAGAGUGUCGUCUGACGGAACAGAAUUUUUGGAUUUUUUUUUAAAUUUUCAAACAGAUUUGUUUCAUUUAUUUGCUAAAAAAAGUGUUUUACAAUUGCAAGCAUAUACUGCAAUAGAAUUUUUAGUCUGAUAAAGCCAUUUGAUACGGUUUUGUUCUCGUUCUCGUUUCUUUUGUGUGUUCGUUUUUUUUUUCUUUGGAGGACGUUUCAUUGUUAUGCACAUUUUCUCUUGCUCGUUUCAAUUUCAUUUGGACAAUUUAUUGUGAUAUAUAUAAAUAAAAAUUUAAAAUAUUCAUUGGUGUCUGUGUGCUAUGAUACAACGAAGUCAUCUACAUGAGCCCAUGAUAGUCUUCAAUACAGUUUGUUAUUUUUGUUAUUGUUGUUGUUGAUGUUGCUGCUGCUCCUGCUGCUGCUGUUCAUUUUAUUAGCUAGUACUGCACGUUUCGUUCAUUCGAACUAAAAACAGAGAGUCCCGAAAAAAUAACAACAACAACCACACAACAUACACACGGAGUGUAGUGUUGAGUGUUUCAAACGAAGCGAAAUCCAUUGCGAGCAACACAACAACGUCAUUGACAAACACGUACACACAGUCAACACAAACCAUCGAACCAGCCAUAUCUACUAUACAUACACAUACCAUACACGCACACACGUUUCGUCGACUUGAUGUUUGUGGGGAACGUGCGAACAACUGUGUGUAGAAAUUGAAAACAUUGUCAACAUCAAGUCAAAAAAUAAGAACGAAGAAUCCGUAUUUCAAUACAAAGAAUAUAUAUAUAUAUAUAUAUAUCUCAUUUCAACUAUCUGACAUUUGGGUGAUAGAAGAUGAGUCUGACUGGUGGGUCUCAACAAAAUGAUAGCGAUUCGAUGGGAUUUUUCGUGAAUUUCAACCAAGAUUGCUCAUCAUUGGCUGUGGGCAGUAAAAAUGGAUUUUCAUUAUUUUCACUGAGCUCGAUCGAUUCAUCGUUAGAAGAGAUCUACACAAGCUCCGGUGAAGAGAUCAACAUUGUGGAGCGUUUAUUUAGCAGUUCACUGGUGGCGGUUGUGUCAUUGAAUGCGCCUCGUAAACUCAAGGUGUGUCAUUUCAAAAAGGGAACGGAAAUAUGCAACUACUCGUAUUCGAACACAAUUCUUGGCGUAAAACUGAAUCGGGCCCGUUUGGUGGUAUGCCUGGAAGAGAGCUUAUACAUACACAAUAUCCGUGAUAUGAAAGUGGUGCACACAAUUCGCGAUACACCGCCAAAUCGUCGUGGAUUGUGCGCCCUCGCAUCCGAUUCGGACCAUUGCUAUUUGGCAUAUCCGGGCAGUCCGACCGUUGGCCAAGUGCAAAUUUUCGAUGCGGUCACAUUACAGGCCAAAAUUAUGAUUCCAGCUCAUGACAAUCCACUGGCGGCAAUAACAUUCAGUUCGGCUGGCACGGAAAUCGCUACGGCUAGUGAGAAAGGCACCGUGAUUCGUGUAUUUUCCGUUGAAGAUGGUUCCAAACUAUUCGAAUUUCGACGCGGUGUCAAACGUUGCGUGGCAAUAUCAUCUCUAGCAUUUAGCACCUGUUCUAAAUAUUUAUGUUGUAGUUCAAAUACAGAAACUGUACAUGUUUUUAAAUUGGAACGUGUCUCGCCAGAGGCAAAAGAAAACAAUCACAAAAAUGAGGAUUGGAUGGGGUACUUAAGUAAAACGGUUUCCAGUUAUUUCCCAACACAAGUCACGGAUGUAUUCACUCAAGGUCGCGACUUUGCUACCGCUGUUCUACCAAUCACCGGCUACAGUCCGAUUAGUGUCAUUACAACAAUUCAACGUUCUCUAAAGCUUUUGGUUGCAACCCAAAAUGGAUUUCUCUAUGUGUAUGAUGUAUCUGAAAUGGAAGGUGGCGAUUGCAAGCUGAUCGUCAAACACAAUUUACGUAAUGUCGAUACUCAACCGAUUAAAGUUCAAGAUGUGCAACCAAAUGGAAGUCUCUUAAACAAUUCACCAUCAGCAACUGGUGGCAGCAAUACUGGGCCCAGCUAUGCAUCAACUGUGAAGGCUGGCACAUCAGACGAUGACCAAUGAGUUGUAAGCAUUGUUCAAGCAUAACAAAACAACACACAACUUUGGAAGUCUCAAUCGAAAACAAGAAUCACAUCAAACAAUUGUUUUCAAUUCCUUAAGUAGAUGAAUAAAAAAAGAAGAGAAAAAAUACA